CGAGAUCGCCCAACCCGUGCGAGCUCCUGCGUCAGCGCCGACCACUCCUGCCGGCCCGUAGAGAACCUGCGCCAAGAAGGACGACCAGAACGGACGAUCAGCACGGGCGACCAGCACGAGUCCAGAGGCCGACACUGCAUCCGAUCUACACGAACACCUGUCGAUAUCGAGGGCUGAUCCAAUGUCGGGCUUCCCUCCCUAUCCUCCCUUCGCCUAUCCCCCUCCGCCGCCGGCGCCGCACGGGCAGUUUGCCGUGCCGCCCGGAUUUCAGCCGCCGCUUCCGGCGACUGCACCUGAGCUCUCUCCGGAGCAGCUGCAGGAAAAGGCAAAGAAGUGGGCGCAGAUCAACUCGAAGCGCUAUGGCGAGAAGCGCAAGUUCGGCUAUGUUGAGCAUCAAAAGGAAAACAUGCCCCCCGAGCAUCUUAGAAAAAUCAUCAAGGACCACGGCGACAUGUCUAGCAAAAAGUUCCGUCAUGACAAGCGCAUCUACCUCGGCGCACUCAAAUACGUGCCGCAUGCUGUGUUGAAGCUGCUGGAGAACAUGCCGAUGCCUUGGGAGCAGGUGCGUGAGGUACCGGUGCUCUACCACAUUACCGGCGCCAUCACUUUCGUGAACGAAAUCCCCUGGGUCGUCGAGCCCAUCUACAUCGCCCAGUGGGGCACGAUGUGGAUCAUGAUGAGAAGAGAAAAGCGUGAUCGUCGCCACUUCAAGCGAAUGAGAUUCCCGCCCUUUGACGACGAAGAGCCCCCGCUCGACUAUGGCGACAACAUCAUCGACGUAGAGCCCUUGGAGGCCAUCCAGAUGGAUCUGGACGAGGAAGAAGACGCCGCCGUUCACGAGUGGUUCUACGACCAUCGCCCCCUGGUCGACACCAAGUUCAUCAACGGUGCCACCUACCGCAAGUGGAAGCUCGACUUGCCGAUCAUGUCGACUCUCUAUCGCCUCGCAAACCAGCUGCUCUCGGACUUGACCGACAGGAACUACUACUAUCUGUUCGACAAGGAGGCCAUGUUUACGUCCAAGGCCCUCAACAUGGCCAUUCCCGGUGGCCCGAAAUUCGAGCCGUUGUUCCGUGACAUCGAUACCAACGAUGAGGACUGGAACGAGUUCAACGACAUCAACAAAAUCAUCAUCCGCCAACCCGUCCGCACAGAGUAUAAGAUUGCCUUCCCAUUCCUGUACAACUCCUUGCCGAGGGCCGUUCACGUCUCGUGGUACCAUUACCCCACUGUUGUGUACGUCAAGGCCGAGGACCCCGAUCUUCCGGCCUUCUACUUUGAUCCUAUCGUCAACCCGAUUUCGUCGCGCAAUCUCCAAUCGACUGCCAAGGUCUCCCACGAGGAUCUGAUCUUUGGCGACUCUGACGAAGACGAGGACUUUGUUCUUCCCGAGAGCGUCACGCCCUUUUGCGAAGAUGUGCCCUUGUACACCGACAAUACCGCCAAUGCCAUCGCACUCUACUGGGCCCCCCAUCCUUUCAACAAGAGAAGCGGUGUCACACGCCGUGCAAUCGACAUUCCGCUGGUCAAGAACUGGUAUCUUGAACACUGCCCACCCAACCAGCCAGUCAAAGUCCGAGUUUCCUACCAGAAGCUCUUGAAAUGCUAUAUCAUCAACGAGCUCAAGCAUCGUCCGCCCAAGGCGCUGAACAAAAAGUACCUGUUCCGGCAACUGAAGGCGACCAAAUUUUUCCAGACAACCGAGCUUGACUGGGUUGAGGCGGGUCUACAGGUCUGUCGCCAAGGCUACAACAUGCUGAACCUGCUCAUCCACCGUAAAAACCUCAACUACCUCCAUCUGGACUACAACUUCAACCUGAAGCCGGUCAAGACGCUGACCACCAAGGAACGCAAAAAGUCCCGCUUCGGCAACGCAUUCCAUCUCUGCCGUGAAAUCCUGCGCCUGACCAAGCUUGUUGUCGACUCGCACGUGCAGUACCGCCUCGGCAAUGUUGAUGCCUUCCAGCUUGCCGAUGGCCUCCAGUACAUUUUCGCGCAUGUGGGUCAGCUCACGGGCAUGUACCGAUACAAGUACAGACUGAUGCGACAGAUUCGAAUGUGCAAAGACUUGAAGCACCUGAUCUACUAUCGUUUCAACACUGGCCCCGUCGGAAAGGGCCCCGGAUGCGGCUUCUGGGCUCCUGGUUGGCGCGUGUGGCUCUUCUUCAUGCGAGGAAUUGUUCCGUUGCUUGAGCGCUGGCUUGGCAACCUGCUUGCGCGCCAUUUCGAAGGUCGCCAGUCGAAGGGCAUGGCCAAGACAGUCACUAAGCAGCGCGUCGAGUCACACUACGACCUGGAGCUGCGUGCUGCCGUUAUGCAUGACAUCCUGGAUAUGAUGCCCGAGGGUAUCAAGGCCAACAAGUCGCGAACCAUCUUGCAGCAUCUCAGUGAGGCAUGGCGAUGCUGGAAAGCCAAUAUUCCUUGGAAGGUGCCGGGUAUGCCGACCCCGAUCGAAAACAUGAUCCUGAGAUAUGUCAAGUCCAAGGCAGAUUGGUGGACCAGUGUGGCCCACUACAACCGCGAGCGCAUUCGCCGUGGUGCCACGGUCGAUAAGACGGUCUGCAAGAAGAACUUGGGUCGUCUGACUCGUCUCUGGCUCAAGGCCGAGCAGGAGCGACAGCACAACUAUCUCAAAGAUGGCCCCUACAUCACUGCCGAAGAGGCCGUGGCUAUCUACACAUCGACUGUCCAUUGGCUCGAGUCUCGCCGCUUCUCGCCGAUUCCGUUCCCUCCCCUGUCAUACAAGCAUGACACCAAGCUGCUGAUCCUUGCCCUGGAGCGGCUCAAGGAGGCCUACUCUGUCCAGGGUCGACUGAACCAAAGCCAAAGAGAAGAACUGGGUCUGAUUGAGCAGGCCUAUGACAACCCGCACGAGUGCCUCAGUCGUAUCAAGCGUCUGCUCCUCACUCAACGUGCUUUCAAAGAAGUCGGAAUCGAGUUUAUGGACCUCUACAGCCAUCUUAUUCCGGUCUACGAUGUUGAGCCUCUCGAGAAAAUCACCGAUGCCUACUUGGACCAGUAUCUCUGGUACGAAGCAGACAAGCGCCAUUUGUUCCCUGCCUGGAUCAAACCCGCCGAUUCAGAGCCUCCGCCGCUCCUGGUCUACAAGUGGUGCCAGGGAAUCAAUAACAUGGUCGACAUAUGGGAAACGAGUGAUGGCCAGUGCAACGUCAUGAUGCAGACCAAGCUCAGCAAAGUCUACGAGAAGGUCGAUCUGACGCUCCUCAACCGUCUCAUGCGUCUGAUUGUGGACCACAAUAUUGCUGACUAUGUCACCUCCAAGAACAACGUUGUCCUGAACUACAAGGACAUGAAUCACAUCAAUGCGUACGGUCUUAUCCGCGGUCUGCAGUUUGCCUCGUUUGUUUUCCAGUACUAUGGCCUGGUAUUGGACCUGUUGAUCCUGGGCCUACAGCGCGCCAGUGAGAUGUCUGGCCCUCCCACACUGCCCAACGACUUUUUGCAGUUCCGCGACGUUGCCACCGAGGUUCGCCACCCGAUCCGCCUCUACUCGCGCUAUAUCGACCGGAUUCACAUAUUUUUCCGCUUCACGCAAGAGGAGGCCCGCGAUCUUAUCCAGCGCUAUCUGACCGAGCAUCCCGAUCCCAACAACGAGAACAUUGUCGGAUACAACAACAAAAAGUGCUGGCCCCGCGACUGUCGCAUGCGUCUGAUGAAACACGACGUCAAUCUGGGCCGUGCAGUUUUCUGGGACAUCAAGAACAGAUUGCCUCGAUCCCUGACCACGAUCGAGUGGGAAGAGUCCUUUGUCUCUGUCUUCUCCAAGGACAAUCCAAAUCUGUUGUUUGACAUGUGCGGCUUUGAAAUCCGCAUUUUGCCCAAGAUCCGCGCCGUCCACGAGGAGUUCAGCAUCAACGAGAGCGUUUGGAACCUGAUCAACGAACAGACCAAGGAGCGGACCGCGCAAGCGUAUCUUCGCGUCGACGAGGAGAGCAUGCAAAAGUUCCACAACCGCAUCCGUCAGAUCCUGAUGGCCAGUGGUAGCACCACGUUCACCAAGAUUGUCAACAAAUGGAACACCGCAUUGAUCGGACUGAUGACAUACUAUCGAGAGGCCGUCAUCCAUACGCGCGAACUCCUCGACCUGCUUGUCAAGGCCGAAAAUAAGAUCCAGACCCGUGUCAAGAUCGGCCUCAACUCCAAAAUGCCUUCCCGUUUCCCGCCAGUGGUCUUCUAUACCCCCAAGGAGCUCGGCGGCCUCGGCAUGCUUUCGAUGGGCCAUGUGCUGAUUCCUCAGUCCGAUCUCCGGUGGUCUAAGCAGACCGAUACGGGCAUCACCCAUUUCCGAUCUGGCAUGUCCCACGAUGAGGAUCAAACUAUUCCCAACUUGUACCGCUAUAUCCAGCCGUGGGAGUCAGAGUUUAUUGACUCUCAGCGUGUCUGGGCCGAAUACGCUCUGAAGCGCCAGGAGGCCAGUGCCCAGAAUCGUCGGCUGACUCUCCUGGAUUUGGAAGACAGCUGGGAUCGCGGUAUCCCCAGAAUCAACACCCUGUUCCAGAAAGAUCGCCACACCCUUGCGUACGACAAGGGAUGGCGAGUGCGGACGGAUUUCAAGCAGUACCAGCUAUUGAAAAACAACCCCUUCUGGUGGACUCACGCCCGCCACGAUGGCAAGCUCUGGAACUUAAACAACUAUCGAACCGACAUGAUCCAGGCGCUCGGCGGUGUCGAGGGCAUUCUCGAACACACCCUAUUCAAGGGCACGUACUUCCCCACCUGGGAGGGUCUCUUCUGGGAACGAGCAUCUGGAUUCGAGGAAUCGAUGAAGUUCAAGAAGCUGACCAAUGCCCAGCGCUCCGGUCUCAAUCAAAUCCCCAACCGUCGCUUCACGCUGUGGUGGUCUCCCACCAUCAACCGUGCCAACGUCUAUGUUGGUUUCCAGGUCCAGCUGGAUCUCACAGGCAUCUUCAUGCACGGCAAGAUCCCGACGCUCAAGAUCUCGCUGAUCCAGAUCUUCCGCGCGCACUUGUGGCAAAAGAUUCACGAGAGUGUUGUCAUGGAUUUGUGCCAAGUCUUUGAUCAGGAGCUCGAGGCCUUGGAAAUCGAGACGGUCCAGAAGGAGACGAUCCAUCCACGCAAGUCGUACAAGAUGAACAGCAGUUGCGCAGACAUUCUGCUCUUUGCCCAGUUCAAGUGGAACGUGUCCAAGCCCUCGCUGCUGAACGACAGCAAGGAUUCCUUCGACGGCGCUACCACCCAAAAGUACUGGGUUGACGUUCAGCUCCGGUGGGGCGACUUUGACUCGCAUGACAUUGAGCGUUACACACGUGCCAAGUUCCUCGACUACACGACCGAUAGUAUGUCCAUCUACCCCUCGCCCACGGGUGCCAUGAUCGGCAUUGACCUGGCAUACAACCUGCACAGUGCCUUCGGCAACUGGUUCCCGGGCAUGAAGCCUUUGAUGCAGCAAGCCAUGGCCAAGAUCAUCAAAGCGAACCCUGCCCUCUACGUUCUGCGUGAGCGCAUCCGCAAGGGUCUACAACUGUACUCGUCCGAGCCGACCGAGCCGUAUUUGUCCUCACGCAACUAUGGCGAGCUGUUCUCCUCGCAAAUCAUCUGGUUUGUCGACGACACCAAUGUCUACCGAGUCACGAUCCACAAGACCUUUGAAGGCAACUUGACGACCAAGCCUAUCAACGGCGCCAUCUUCAUCUUCAAUCCGCGCACAGGCCAGCUCUUCCUCAAGAUCAUCCACACCUCUGUCUGGGCCGGCCAGAAGCGUCUCGGCCAGCUGGCCAAGUGGAAGACUGCUGAAGAAGUCGCCGCCUUGAUUCGAUCUCUCCCCGUUGAGGAGCAGCCCAAGCAGAUCAUUGUGACGCGCAAGGGUAUGCUUGACCCUCUGGAAGUCCAUUUGCUUGAUUUCCCCAACAUCAUCAUCAAGGGUUCCGAGCUUCAGCUGCCCUUCCAGGCGUGUCUCAAGAUUGAAAAGUUUGGCGACCUGAUUCUCAAGGCUACCGAGCCGCAGAUGGUGCUCUUCAACUUGUUUGAUGACUGGCUCAAAUCCAUUUCGAGCUACACAGCAUUCACCCGUCUUGUGCUGAUUCUGAGGGCCCUCCACGUCAACAACGAGAAGACCAAAGUGAUUCUGCGCCCGGACAAAUCUGUCAUCACCGAGCCGCAUCAUAUUUGGCCAACUCUGACGGACGAAGAGUGGAUCAAGAUCGAAGGCUCGCUGAAGGAUCUGAUCUUGGCGGACUAUGGCAAAAAGAACAAUGUCAAUGUUGCCUCGCUCACAACCUCGGAGAUCCGCGACAUCAUCCUCGGUAUGGAAAUUUCGGCACCCUCGAUCCAGCGCCAGGAGAUUGCCGAGAUCGAGAAGCAGGCCAAGGACCAAUCUCAGCUCACCGCCGUGACGACUGUCAGCCACAACAUCCACGGCGACGAAAUCACCACGACCACGCACUCUGGAUACGAGACGCAGACGUUCUCCUCGAAGACAGAGUGGCGCAUCCGUGCCAUCUCGUCCACGAACUUGCAUCUGCGUACCAACCACAUUUAUGUCAACUCCGACGACAUCAAAGAGGCGGGCUACACCUAUGUCUUCCCAAAGAACAUCCUCAAGCGCUUCAUCUGCAUCUCGGAUCUGCGAACCCAGGUUGCCGGCUAUCUGUACGGUGUCAGCCCGCAUGACAACCCGCAGGUCAAGGAGAUUCGGGCGAUUGUCGUGGUUCCCCAGUGGGGCACUCACCAGCAAGUACAUCUUCCCCACAUGCUCCCGGAUCACGAGUAUCUGAGGGACUAUGAGCCCUUGGGCUGGAUCCACACCCAGCCAAACGAGCUCCCUCAACUCUCGCCGCUUGAUGUGACCAUGCACGCCCAAAUCAUGCGCGAAAACAAGGGCGUCUGGGAUGGCGACAAGACUGUGAUUGUGACCUGCUCGUUCACACCCGGCUCGUGCUCCCUGACCGCCUACAAGCUGACGCCUGCGGGCUUUGACUGGGGCAAGUCCAACAAGGACAUGAGCGCCAACGCACCCGGCUACAUGCCCACCUUCUACGAGAAGGUGCAGAUGCUUCUGUCGGAUCGUUUCCUGGGCUUCUUCAUGGUGCCUGAAGACGACGGCGUCUGGAACUACAACUUCAUGGGAACCAAACACAAGCCGGAUAUGAAGUACACCCUCACGAUCGAUGUGCCAAAGGAAUUCUAUCACGAGGUCCAUCGGCCGAGCCAUUUCCUCAACUUUAGCAAGAUCGAGGACUCUGGCCUGGGCACGGUUGGCGCCGGAGUCGACGCGGACCGCGAUGAUGCAUUUGCUUGAAGAGGCACCACAAUAUACAUCCUUUUCAACAGCAA